UGCCACAAAUUUACAAGAUUAUUGUUCUCGCCAAAAAUGACAUACAUUUAUUUUGUAAUUACUACGCAUAGUAAGGACCAAUUACGUAUAGAUAAACUACAUAUAAAUGACACAAAUGUAACUUGCGCUUGAUGUAAUAUAAGCACAUUAGUGUACUCGUUCCCCCUCUUAUUAUCCUACGUUUAUAUCGUCCUCCCGUCGAAUCCUCUUUGGCGCUCUAGAUAAAUUUUUCACCCAUCCGUAUUCCGACAGAUCCCACCUCCUGUAAUCGGAUUGACUAGUAAAUAAUAAAACAAUUGACGUACAGGUGUAUUAGCCAAUCCUGGAACGGGUUUUUUGUAGCCAAGUACCCAAUCCUAUCCAAGACCUCGGAAUACGGAUAGGAAAACAAAUGAUGCGGCCAGGCAGUCACCUCUCUUCAGUCGCAAAGCUGUUCAGGAGACCCAAUAAUGUUUCUGCUAUUAUCGCUAUAAGUUAAUUCAAAAGUUUUCUGCUAUUUAUUAAAAAAAUAAUAAUGUUGGAAGAAGAUUUGAAAGUCCCUGACGAGCUUUUUAAGGACGUGAAGUUUUAUGUCGUCGGGGAUAUUGACCAAAAGGUGGUGCAGUUGCUGAAGUCGGGGAAAGGAAAGGAAGUGUCGUACAUCGCCCUCGCCACGCACAUCAUCACAGAGGAUGGAGACAACUCGGAGGUCAGCGAGGCACGCGAGGUCUUCUUCUUACCUGUCGUAAAGCCCACAUGGGUGAUCCUAUCGGUCAGAUGUGGAGACCUGCUUCCCGUUACAGGCUUUUCUCCCGAGUCGGGCCAGCUGUUCUUUGGUGUGCGGGCGUGUCUACCUCACCUGACGGAGGAUCUCAGCACCCUGUGGGCCUUUAUUACAUUUUACGGAGGAGACUGUCAGCUGAAUUUCAACAAGAAGUGUACACAUCUGGUGGUUCCUGAGCCCAAGGGGGCGAAAUACGAAUGCGCCCUGAGGCACAGCGGGAUUAAAAUCGUCACCCCGGAGUGGAUCACCGACUCGGUUAAAGACAAGAGCAGGAAGGACGAGGCGCUUUACCACCCGAGGCUCACUUACUAUGAGGAAGAGGAGGAGGAAGAUGAGCUCAGCGAGGACGAGCGUAGUUCGCGUUCGGAAGGCAGCAAGCGCUCCAGCCCCGCCUCCUCGCGAGGGGCGUCGCCUUCCAGGCGUCCGCGCUCGCCUUCCCCCAAAGCCGAGGUCAUGUUCGAUGACUCGGACGAAUCGGACAAAGAGGAGCUGAACCUGAACUGGACGCUGUCUAAGCACCGCCUCCAACCGAGCAAAGACACGGCGCUUAUUAACCUGUGCGACAGCGUUCCACCUGUGCCAGGUAACGCCCAGGGCACGGAGCGUCCGGAGAUGAUCGGCGGGUGGAAUUCUGGGCCACGCCCAUUGCGGAACAUCACCAAGAGCGGAGAGCAGCAGCAGAUACCACGGCAGCCCAAUGUCGCACACAUUCUCCAGAGUUUGACUGCUAAAAGCGUGGAACCGCAGGGAAAUCAGAACCAGCCCGGCGUCCCAAAUCAGAUUCUCUUAAACGCAGCAAAACCUCCACAGCACGCAGCACCACAACUCACUCCUGAAGUGCAGCAGCAGUUACUCCAACACCAGCAACAACAGCUGCAGCAGCAACAACAGCAACAGCAGCAACAACAGCAGCAGCAGCAAGCACACCCGAUCCCUCCACAACAGCAGCAGCAGCAGCAACAUGCGCAACAGAUGCUCCAGCAGCAUCCCAUGAUGCACCUGCAGCCGCAGGGGAUGCAAAUGCAUCAUCCGCAGCAGCAGCAGCAGCAGCAACAACAACAACAACAACAACAGCAGCAGCAGCAGCAGCAGCAGCAGCAGCAGGCAGGGUUUCCUCAAAUGCCGCAACAGCCGCAUCAGUUCGUCCCGCAGCAGAUGCACCAGCAGAUGUACUCGCAACAUCAGCAACAGCAGCACGGCUUCCUGCAGCAGCAACUGCGACCGCCGCAGCAGCAACAGCAGCUUCUCCGACCGCCCUUGCAGCCCCAACAGCAGCAUGCGUUACAGCAGCAGUUGCUGCAGCAGCAACACAGGCUCCAAUUGCAACUGCAGCAGCAACAACAACAGCAGCAGCAGCAGCAAAAUCAGCAACAGCUGCACCAGCAACAUUUACAACAGCAGCAGCAGCAGCAGCAUUUUCUCCAACAGCAGCAACAGCACAUGCAGCACCUGCAGCAGCAACAACAACAACACCUGCAGCAACAACAGCAGCAGCAACAAAUACAGAAUACGCAGGUAUUGCAGCAUCAGACGCAGACGGUGCUGCAGCCUGUUCAGCCGCAUCAACUGCUGGGCCACGAACCAGGGCAGGAGAUUCCUGAGGACGGCUUCCUGGUCGGCUGCGUCUUCGCCAUCGCUGAUUAUCCGGAGCAGAUGGCUGACAAGCAGCUUCUGGCCACGUGGAAGCGGAUCAUUCAGGCGUACGGAGGCUCUGUGGACUCCGCUUUGAACCGCUGCACUCACUUACUGUGUGAAAGUCAAGUCAGCAGCAUGUACCUGCAGGCUUUGAGGGAAGGCAAGCGCUGCGUUACGGCUCACUGGCUCAACACGGUGCUGAAGAAGAAGAGGAUGGUUCCUCCUCACCGCACGCUCCACCUUCCCUUCAGUUUCCCCCCAGGAGCCAAACCCUGCUCGCAGCACAUUAUUUCAGUCACUGGGUUUGUGGACAGCGAUCGAGAGGACCUGAAGCUCAUGGCCUACUUAGCUGGAGCUCGCUACACAGGAUACCUGUGUCGCAGCAACACCGUUCUCAUCUGCAAAGAGCCGAGCGGGCUGAAGUACGAGAAGGCAAAAGAGUGGAGAAUCCCGUGUGUAAAUGCUCAGUGGCUGUGUGACAUCCUGUUGGGAAAUUUCGAGGCUUUACGGCAGAUCCAGCACAGCCGAUACACUCAGUUUAACUUAGCCGAACCUCUCGCUCCUAACACACACCUCGUCCAGAACCUGCUGGCUGCUUGGAGGAAUCCUGUAAAAGUCUCGCCGGACGCGUUGGUGAGCCUCCGCCUGCAGCAGAAACAGAAACAGGCCGAGGGAACUUCACAACCACCCGCCAAGAAGCCCAAAAUAGAGGAGCUGCCCACACCGUCUAAAAAGCUUCCUCCGGAGUCGACCCCGUAUGUUUUCUUCACUGGUUUCGAACCUGUGCAGGCCCAGCAGUAUAUAAAGAGAUUGUACGAGCUCGGCGGUGAAGUGGCGGAGAGCGCGCAGAAGUGCACUCAUCUGGUGGCCAGCAAAGUGACACGCACGGUCAAGUUCCUGACGGCCAUCUCUGUUGUUAAGCACAUCGUCACUCCAGAGUGGCUGCAGGAGAGCUGGAAAUGCCAGAAAUUUGUGGAUGAACAGAGUUACAUGCUGCGGGAUGCCGAGGCUGAGGUGCUCUUCUGUUUUAGUCUGGAGGAGUCACUGAAGAAAGCUCAUGCUGCUCCACUCUUCAAGGGUAAGUUCUUCUACAUAACACCGGGAAUCUGUCCGAGCCUCAGCACCAUGAGAGCCAUUGUCGAGAGCGCCGGGGGGAAGCUGCUUUCCAGACAGCCGUCCUUCCGUAAGAUCAUGGAGCACAAGCAGAACAAGAACCUACCGGAAAUCAUCCUCAUCUCAUGUGACAACGAUCUGCACCUGUGCCGUGAAUAUUUUCUGAAGAACAUCGACGUACACAACGCCGAGUUCAUCCUCACCGGAGUACUGACGCAGAUGCUGGAUUAUCAAUCAUAUCCUUUAUACCGGCAAUAAAACCCUCAGAGCUCUCGUUCUUUCAUCUGUCUGUUUAAGCUGAACCUUUCCUUCCGUCUCUCUCCGUAUCACCCCCAUUUUAAAAAAACAAAAAAACAUGUACAGUAUACUUCAAAUAUUUCUUACUGUCAGUCGUGUCCUUAACAUUCUCACAUAUAAAUUCACAUGAUCGUGAGGAAGGUCCUCGGGAAGGGAACACUAAACUCUGUCUGUUCUGGUCCAUGCUGAAGGUUCCUUUAUAAUAUAUAUAAAAGAAAGAUGAUGCAAUUUGUUCCUCUGUUUUUUUUUUUUGUUUUUUUUUCUGUAUGUUUUUUUUGUACCUGGUUGAAAAGUCUUUUGUAGAAAUUACCGGUGGAGAAUAAAUAAAUAAAUAAAUCACUGUUAUUUUUUAAUGAUUGUUUUAAAUUAUGGCUCAUUUUUCCUUUUUUUUAAAAUUUUAUUUUUUUGUUUCGCUUUUUGGAAUAAAAGUCUCGUUAUUGUGACCCGAACCAAACCGGAUCAUUUUACGUAAUUGCUGUGUAGUAUAGGGAGAAAGACAAGCAAUAAAAUGUAUUAUAGUAUUUAAAAGUAUUCUACUUCUGACUAGGAAGAUUAUUACGGUAUUUAUUUUCUUCUUGUUAUAAUUGCCUUUUUAGAUUAAACCAAAAAAAUUGAGUUGUGUUUUAUAGGAAAGCGGUAUCUUAAAAGAAGAAGGCAAGAAAGAAUUUCUCCUCAGUCCAAUCAGCAGUCCCAUUAUUUGCCCAUAAUUAAAAAAUAAAAAAUUUCUUUUUAUUUAAUUUAAUUUAGUUUCAUGGGGGGGGAAAAAAGGUACUUAUUUUCCCCCGAAGCACAAUUUCAGUAUUACUAUUUAGUUGUAUAUAAUUGUAAUUGUUUAUAAUGUGUGUGUGUGUGUGUGUGUGUAUCAGAUUUCAGAGGCUGAUCAUAUCUGAUUGUCUCAUACUCUGAUGUAGAGCCUCUUUGGUGUGUGUGUGUGGGUAGGGGGGUAGACCUCUCUUUAAACCGUUAUUCCUGAUAGACGGAAUUCAAUUAAUUGUUAUAAUGAAGUGUUACGGGUACUUACCGGUGGAAGGGAAUUGAGUGCCGUGAGCCGUUUUGCCCGGGGCGAUCCCCGUGCCCCCACGCUGGGCCGUGGGGGGGGAAAGAACCCCUGCUAGUGCCCUUCUAAAAAUGGAGAAAUUAAAAUGCACACAGCCAAGGUCAUGUAGUACAAAAGCUACUGGGACAAGGAGCGUCGAACGCUGCUCACCGUGUCCGCCAAAAGAAUAAAAUAAAGGUCGUUACUGGCA